AUGGCCCACCUCCACCCGCAUCCCACCCUCGACAUCGACAUCGACUCCCCCGCCUCCGCAUCCUCCUCCACGCUCAUCACGCCCCUCCCGCUCCCGCUCAACUCGCUGGCGCACAAAGUUUCUUCCCCGGACCUAGGUGCUUCACCUCAAGUUCGUACUGUCAAUAAUACGAGGAAGAGGCCUUCGCUUUCGUUAUCUUUGGGUAGUGGGGGGAGAGUAGGUGAAGGCAGGGGUGGAAGAGGAGAAACAAGAGUAAGCGGGGUAAUGGGUGCAGCGCCGGAGGGCAGGAUGAGCGGAAAGGGGUUCAUCGAGCCGCAUAAGAGUCAUUUGCCGCGAAGGGCACGGACGACGGUGCGCAGGGGUACCACUGUUGCAUCGAAUGGGGUGGAUGGUGGUGGAGUGAGGGUGACGUCAACGCCAGCAAGGCGGACUGUCCAACAUCUGCAGAGUCCGACGGAGGCGUCGACGGUUGCACCCCUGGACCUGGACGUUGACAAUGACCAUGGGAGAGAAAGAGACGGAGAAAGGGGAGAGGACCCGCUCCAGACGGGUCUGACGACGCUCACGGAGCCGCCGACGUCUCCUGCCCUCCCAGGCCCACCUUACACGUCCAUUCCACCAACACCGACACCAGGACAGGGUUCAUAUGCGCCCACAACCCCUACGCCUCCGCAUGACGCACAUGUAGUAGGACCGACGAGGUCGACCAUAAUCUCAAACACGAUCGACGCCGUGCUCGCAUCCGCCCAAGCCCAAUCCGCCUUGGACGCCGCCGACGGCAAAGGCAGGGGGAUGAACACCUCGCACCACCACCCAGCGCUCGGGCUGACGAUGUCCCUAGCGGCGAUUGCCAACUCCUCCUCUAAGCUUCCGCCUCCUGGUAUUGGUGUUGGUGUUGGUGUUGGUGGCCAACCCCCGCCUCCGAGAUCCCAACCGCCAGGACAAUAUCAUCUUAUGUCCCUCUCCCUCUCGCAGAACGCGGCGGCGGCCACGGUGGGGUCGCCUGUGCCCCACUCUUCUGGGGUGUUCGCGACUCCAGGAGUGUCUGGGAUGCCCGGACUGGCGCCGACGACGACGCCAGGAUACGGAACGGGGCAAGGGCAAGGGACGCCAGCGCCAACGCGAGGAUAUGGCCCCGCGUCUCCUGGGCCUGCUCUCGCUCUUGCGCCUGUUGGCGUUACGCCAGCGACGGCGGGUGUUAUCCGGUUCCGGGAGAGGGACGAGGGGAGACUGAGGACGCCUGCCAGGGCCCAGUCGACCUCCCGCCCGCCUACACGCAUAAAGCGGCAUGGGUCGGCGUCGAGGACGCGUGAGCUGACUACGGACGACUUGCGGAGGAUGGCGAGGGUGGAGCGGGAGAGGAGGAGGGGGAGGGCGUGUGUUCAGCGUGUUGGUGCGGGUAUGGGUGGAGGGAGGGUCGAAGUAGGGUUUCUGGAGGAAGAGUGGGAUUUGGAGGGGGGUUGGUUUGAGGGAGACGAAGGAGAGACGAAGGGGGAGGGAGAUGAAGGAGAGAGUAGGGUGGAAGAGGAGAGGGGAAGGAGUCGGAGUCGGAGUCGAGAUGGAGGUGCGGACGGUGCGGACGGUGCGGUGGAAGGUGCGGUUGGAGAGGGUGGGGAAGGCCAGGAGGAGAGGGGGAGGGGGAGGAAGGACAAGGGCAAAGGAAAGGGAAAGGCACCGUAUAUCCUCAUCAAGGUCCUCGGCGCGCCUUCCUCGUUGCGCAAGCUGUCUGCUUCUUCGUCGUCCUCAAGCUCGGGUUUAUCAUCUUCCUCGUCGUCCUCUGAUUCUGAUAACGACAAUGAGAACGACGCCGACACCGACUCCAACGCCACCUCCAACCCACCCCUCCGACCCCACCGACCAAAAACCCUCCGCCUCCCACUCCCUUCAGAGCGGAGCGCGUACAUCGACGGCGUUCCUUCGUUAUCUCCAAGCCAACUUCGGGAGGCGUGCGAUUUCAUUGGGUCGUGGGUACACCCUUCUCCUGAUGGGGUAGAGGGGAGGGAAAGGAGAAAGCUUGGGGGGAGAGUGAGGGUAAGGGUAAGGGUGUUGGCGCCGAGGUGGAGACCGGAGGAGGCGAUGGGGGUUGUGCUGUGUUAUUUGGCGGGGAGAUGGGAGGUGGAGGAUGGGGUGGAGGAAGACACGGCAUCGAGGUCGCCAGAAGGAGAGAUCGUGUCGCCGAGGGUAAACGACCUGGUGUACUUCGCGCCUGGAUCUAUCUUGCCUUCUGACUGUCUUCCUGGUGGCGUCAACGACGAACGCGAGCCUAUCUCCUCGUCUUCCUCCAACCCAGUUCCCCAGCCGAACCCUGACGCUGCCUCUCCCUCUUCCGUUACCUCCCCAACCUCCACUCCUAUUCCUACCUCCACGUCGCCCUCCGCGCACCUCCCAACACCCGACGUCUACACCUACUCCGCCCUGCACAUCCUCGCGAUGCGCCUGCUCGACGACGACAGUAAGUGGAUGGGGCGCGGGGCGCUGUACGAGGCCCGGAUUCGACAACAGGAGAGGGCGGAGGAGGACGUGUUCGGGUCGUUCCCUCUGGAUGUUCCUGCACCAUCCGCGUCAUCCCCAGACGCCAACACCACCACCACCACCAACACUGAGAACGGGGUUCAUGCCGAUGCCGAUGCCCAUGCCGAUGAGGGGGAGGUAGAAGGUGGUGGUGGGAGCGACGCCGAUACCAUCUGCUCCUCUACGGAAGACGGCAGGGACCGGAGGGGGAGGAGACACGCGAGGGAAGGCGCCGAAUGGCGGUUGGCGUUGAGGAGCGCGAGCGCGCCUGCGCCUUCUCAUGCCGUUUCCCUUUCCUUGCUUCGUGGUAAUGGUAAGCGGGAAGGUGAGGAGAGGGAGGGCAGGAGGAGGAGGGCGAAGACGCGCGAGCGGGGUGGGCUUGGUACUUCGACUCGAAAGCCGCGAAAGGUGGAGGAGGGCCGAAUGGGAGAGGAUGGAGAGGAUGAUGGGCUGGAGGAAGAGGAGGAAGAGUGGACAGGCCUACAAGACGCGUGGCGCGGGGUCCUGUCGUACGACGGCCUUGUGCGGCUUGCGGGUGUGCUGUAUGGGGAGGGGACGAAGGUGGCGCUAACGACUCUGGACGCGGCGUCUGGGUCUAUCCUUUCCACCAACAUCCUCCAGGACCCUCAGAACCCGUGCGGUAAUAUAUCUGAAGCCAUCGGCGACGCAGAUUUGACGCCGUCAGGUGACCAACUCGUCCUCGUCUUCGGUGAUGGACAGGUCACCGUUCUCAACGUUGACGACUACCUCGAGAACGGCUUUAGGUCAGUAACAAACUCUGAGGGAAAAAUCACAACGCAUCCUUUCCCUGAGACGCCGCUUUCGACUCGGAAGAACAAGAAAGAACGGAAGGCACAUGAAGAAGGGUAUUGGUCCUGGGUCGACAAGGCGUAUUAUGGCGAUGGGCAGGUGGUUCUGCGACCGGGUGUGGGAGAGAAGAAACCAACGGGCUUCGCUGUUGCCUCAUGGAAAUAA